CUAUCACCAAUAUAAUCAACAAUGUCUUCUCCUAGUAAACGACCACAACGGAGCUCCCAAUCCAGUACUCCUCGAAGAGCAUCCCAACGAAAUGCUGUUCCUAGCAGCCCACCCGACCCAGCAGCCGCACAGCUUCUCAAUGAAGCAGCGUCGUCGCAAGGCAAUGGCAAUGGCAACAAUACUCCUCGACGACGUGCCCCACCAUCGUCCUCACCCAUGAUGUAUCGAUCAUCUCCUGCAGACAUUGCUAGAGCAAAUCGAGAGAGAGAAGUUAGCUCGCCCUUGAGGCAGAUGUCCAACACUCAAACAACGCAAGAGGAUGGUGAUCGGACACCACGAGCUAGUGGGCUCCUUAGAGGUAGGACAAGGGGAAAACUAUGAAAAGAGAGCGUUCAUUCUGAUCGAAUGCUAAUCUCAAUUUAGAUUCUUCUCCAAUCCAGUAUGCGCCAAGUUCAAGCCCAGGCCUCAAUAGUAGACAACAAUCGCUUCAACCAGAUUUGCGCAGCGAGAGCAGUGCUUUGUUUGUCCGGUCUUCACGCACAUCCGGUCCAGGCUCAUCAAUCAAUAACACCAGACGAGGAGAUAUCAACAACGAUAAUGCGAAUACCCCACGUACACGCCGUCGCAUCUUCAUGGACGAGAAUGGUCGAAUGAUUAGAGAUAUUGCUUCCGACGCCCAAGAGUCGGACGCCCCAACCUUCUCGAAUCUAGAUCAAACGACAUCCGAUGCCCAAGCCAUGGGAGGAAACUCAACUCUCUGUAUUUGGGGAACGAAUAUCUCGGUCAAUGACACAAUGGCAAGCUUAAAGAGAUUUUUGCGCGAAUUCUCCAACAAAUAUCGCAUGUGGGCGGACGGUAUGACACAGGAAGAAACACAGAUGGACGAGGACGCCGAAACCAAGAAGUACAUCGUUAUCAUGCAGAACAUGAUGACUCUUGGUGUUACAUGUCUUAGCUUGGAUUUCAAGGACCUGAAAGCAUUCCCGCCAACUCAGAAACUUUGGCAGCAAGCCCAGGAUUAUCCUCAAGAUAUUGUCAGCUUGAUGGAUCAAGCAAUCAAGGAUAUGAUGUUCACUUUGGCUGAAGAACAAAUGGCGAAAGAGCGCAGAUCUCAAAGCAGCUCCGUUGGAUUGACUGCCAACCAGAAUAAUGUCCCCAGCUCCGACCCCCCAGUUCCAAGUUCUGAUCGUAUGGACUCCGAUGCACCAACUCCAAGGCCCGCAGAAUCAACUGAAAUUGAAUGGACUCAAGAGGUUCAGAGCAGAAAUUACAGAGUAAGACUAUUUGGCUUGGACGAGACAGUCAACAUGAGAGAUCUUAAUCCUUCAGGUAUGAGUAUUUUUCCACGUCCUGGUGCCUGUUUUAAUUUUCAUAGAUGUGGACAAAAUUGUUGCUAUUAAGGGACUCGUCAUUCGAACUACGCCCAUUCUUCCCGAUAUGAAGGACGCCUUUUUCAAGUGUCAAGUUUGCAACCAUACAGUCAAGGUUGAUAUUGACCGUGGAAGAAUUGCGGAGCCAACGCAAUGUCCUCGCCCAAUUUGCAAAUCACCAAAUUCCAUGCAAAUUGUGCACAACCGUUCUGGAUUUGCUGAUAAACAAGUCAUCAAGCUACAAGAAACUCCCGACUCGGUACCUGCAGGUCAAACACCUCAUUCGGUUUCUAUGUGUGCUUAUGAUGACUUGGUCGAUUUGUGCAAAGCUGGUGACAGAGUUGAAGUUACAGGUAUCUUCAGAGCAAGUCCUGUUCGAGUCAACCCCCGUCAGCGAACCAUGAAGAGUGUAUAUAAAACUUACAUCGACAUCAUCCAUAUCCAGAAAGUCGAUGAGAAGCGAAUGGGUAUUGACGUUUCCACUGUCGACCAAGAGCUCGCCGAUGGAACCAGCACCAUUGAGCAAACCAGAAAGGUUUCAGAAGAAGAGGAAGAGAAGAUCAAAGCUACUGCGGCCAGACCAGAUAUUUACGAACUUCUCUCUCGCUCUCUCGCUCCUAGUAUCUUUGAGAUGGAUGAUGUCAAGAAAGGAAUCCUCCUUCAACUAUUUGGUGGAACCAACAAGUCUUUUGAAAAAGGAGGAAGCCCCAAGUACAGAGGAGACAUUAACAUCCUGCUCUGUGGUGAUCCCUCCACAUCGAAGUCGCAAUUGCUUCAGUACGUCCACAAGAUCGCACCUCGGGGCGUUUAUACGAGUGGUAAAGGUUCUUCUGCUGUUGGUCUAACAGCAUAUGUUACUCGAGACCCCGAAACUCGACAGCUUGUGCUUGAAUCGGGUGCUCUUGUAUUAUCGGAUGGUGGUGUAUGUUGUAUUGAUGAAUUUGAUAAGAUGUCAGACGCUACUAGAUCCGUAUUACACGAAGUCAUGGAACAACAAACUGUCUCCAUCGCUAAAGCUGGUAUCAUCACGACCUUGAAUGCACGAACUAGCAUUCUCGCCUCAGCAAAUCCUAUUGGCAGCAAGUACAAUCCAAAUCUGCCAGUCCCUCAAAACAUUGAUCUUCCACCCACGCUGUUGUCUAGAUUCGAUUUGGUUUAUCUCAUUUUGGAUCGAAUAGAUGAGACAAAUGACAGACGUCUCGCAAGACAUUUGUUGAGUAUGUACUUGGAUGACAAGCCACAAAGCGCUGCUCAAGGACAAGAAAUUCUUGUAAGUUCCUCGUUAGCCCAAUUUUUAUCAUUCCACUAACCAAAGGCACAGCCAAUUGAAUUCCUCACUUCAUACAUUUCCUACGCCCGCACAACCUGCCAACCACGAAUCAGCGCUGAAGCAUCCGCCGAACUUGUGUCGGCCUAUGUCGAGAUGCGCAAACUCGGUGAAGACGUUCGUGCCGCCGAACGUCGAAUCACGGCCACUACCAGACAAUUGGAAUCCAUGAUCCGACUCGCCGAAGCACACGCUAAAAUGCGACUCUCUGAAACCGUCACCAAAGAAGACGUCCAAGAAGCAGUUCGUCUCAUCAAGAGCGCUCUUAAGCAGGCAGCUACGGAUGCACGAACUGGUCUCAUUGAUAUGAGUUUGUUGACUGAAGGCACUAGUGCUAGUGAGAGACGUCGAAAGGCGGAUUUGAAGACUGCUGUUUUGUCGCUCUUGGAUGAGAUGACGAGACAGGGACAGGCGGCUAGGUAUUCGGAGGUUGUGAGGCGCUUGGGGGAGCAGAGUAGUGUGAGUAUUGAGGCCAAUGAGUUUGCGGAGGCGAUUCGAGGGUUGGAGCAGGAGGGGAGUGUUAUGGUUGUUGGGGAGGGGGCGAGGAAGAGUAUUAGACGGGUUACUGGGUUGGCUUAGGAUUGACUGGUGAUCUUGGGUUGGGUUGUGGAUGGUGAUUGAUGCUGAUACCCUGAUAUUGAGGGCGUUUCGUGUGUAGGUUUCUUCUUGCACGUUUGUGUAUUGGGUUGGGAAGAGAAGAUGGAUAUGGAUGAUGGUCAAUGAAUGAUUGAUAGAUAAAUGUACUGAAUGAUAUGAUUAUGA